AUGCGGAGGCGCUCGCGGAUGCUGCUGUGCUUCGCCUUCCUCUGGGUGCUGGGCAUCGCCUACUACAUGUACUCGGGAGGCGGCGCCGCGCUGGCCGGGGGCUCGGGCCGGAAGGAGGACUGGAAUGAAAUUGAUCAUAUUAAAAAGAAAGACGUUCAUCACAAUGGUGAAGAUAAAGCACAAAGCAUGGAGACCCUGCCUCCAGGAAAAGUUCGAUGGCAGGACUUUAACCAAGAAGGUUAUGUUGGAGUAACAAUGGUUCGAUCUGGACAGGAUCCCUACGCCCGGAGCAAGUUCAACCAGGUGAAAAGUGACAAGUUGCAAAUGGACAGAAACAUUCCUGAUACCAGGCAUGAUCAGUGUCAGCGGAAGCAGUGGCGGGUGGGCCUCCCAGCAACCAGCAUGGUGAUCACGUUUGACAAUGAAGCCAGGUCGGCCUUGCUGAGGACAGUCGUCAGCGUGCUUAAGAAAAGCCCUCCCCAUCUUAUAAAAGAAAUCAUCUUGGUGGAUGACUACAGCAAUGAUCCGGAGGAUGGGGCUCUCUUGGGGAAAAUCGAGAAAGUAAAGGUUCUUAGAAAUGAUCGUCGAGAAGGCUUGAUGCGCUCCCGGGUUCGUGGGGUCGAUGCUGCCCAAGCCAAGGUCCUGACGUUCCUGGACAGUCCCUGUGAAUGCAACGAGCACUGGCUGGAGCCCCUCCUUGAGAGGGUGGCUGAGAACAGAAUGCGAGUUGUUUCUCCCAUCAUCAAUGUCAUUAAUAUGGAUAACUUCCAGUAUGUAGGGGCAUCUGCUGACUUGAAAGGCGGCUUUGACCGGAAUUUGGUAUUCAAGUGGGAUUACAUGACCCCUGAGCAAAGGAGAGCCCGCCAAGGGAACCCAGUGGCCCCUAUAAAAACACCCAUGAUUGCCGGGGGGUUGUUCGUGAUGGAUAAGUUCUACUUUGAAGAGCUUGGGAAAUAUGAUAUGAUGAUGGAUGGAUGGGAAGGAGAAAACUUAGAGAUCUCUUUCCGAGUGUGGCAGUGUGGUGGCAGCUUGGAGAUCAUCCCCUGCAGUCGUGUGGGACGUGUAUUCCAGAAGCAGCACCCUUACACCUUUCCAGGCGGAAGUGGGACAGUUUUUGCUCGCAAUACUCACCGGGCAGCAGAGGAAUGGAUGGAUGAAUACAAAAACUUCUACUAUGCAGCAGUGCCUUCAGCCACAAAUGUCCCUUAUGGAAAUAUUCAGAGCAGAUUGGAACUUCGGAAGAAACUUAAUUGCAAACCUUUCAAAUGGUACCUUGAAAACGUCUACCCAGAAUUAAGAGUUCCAGACCAUCAGGAUAUUGCUUUUGGAGCCUUGCGACAGGGGACCAACUGCCUUGACACUUUGGGACAUUUUGCCGAUGGUGUUGUUGGAGUGUAUGAGUGUCACAAUGCUGGGGGAAACCAGGAAUGGGCCUUAACAAAGGACAAGUCAGUAAAGCAAAUGGAUUUGUGCCUUACCAUGGUGGACCGUGCCCCUGGCUCUCUUAUAAAGCUCCAGGGCUGUGGAGAGAAUGACAGCAGACAGAAAUGGGAGCAGAUUGAGGGCAACUCCAAGCUCCAGCACGUGGGCAGCAACCUGUGCCUGGACAGCCGCACAGCCAAGAGUGGGGGCCUGAGCGUGGAGGUGUGUGGCCCCGCCUUGUCCCAGCAGUGGAAGUUCUCACUCAACCUGCAGCAGUAG